CCCAAAGUGGAUCAAGAAACCGCCCCCCUGUUUGGAUAUCUUUGGUAACAGGAAGUAGAACAGGUGGAGCUGAUGAAGAGGAGGGUGAAUAUUGUACUUAUAGGUCAGUCUGUGAGUUAUCAAGGAAAAUUUCACUGUCACAAAUGUAGAAGGAGGAAAGUGGAGAGAAAACAGCUGCAUUGGUAGAAAAAAUUCAUGUGGUGGAAAAAUAAACCUCAUCUAUCAUCUCUGACAGAUAAAUCUGAGGUUCAUGUGUUGAAUAUUUAUUAUGUCUCUUUAUGCGCAUAUCAUUGAACAUGUCUGUUUCCGCGGAGUUGUGAGGGAAUCCUUCCGCCAUGACGCUGCAGCUGCAGUAUUGCAAACACCAGCUUGGCUGGUAACAGUCAUGUACCACCCGCUCCAGGUAGCUCCUGUAAAAGCAGCAGGUAACUGGUCUGAGCCCGUCAGAGCCGAUGGAAGAGCGGAUUGGCUCGUCUCAGCCCGGUCUCAGUGCUCCUCCUCUCCACCGCUUGUUGCGGAGGUGUGUGCGCUCACGCUGAUGAAGUUGUGGACAGUAGGACAUCCAGAACGUCCAGAGAUGGAGUCAAGUAGAUGCGGCCCGUUGGCGUCUUAAAGAUCUAUUGAAGGACUGACGGUCGUGUUUGUGGCGUUUAACUGGGAGACCAAGCAUACCCAGCACUAUGCGGUGCAGUUAUGGCAGACAAGGGUAAGACAGUGGUGAGGACGCUGGAGGAUUUAACGCUUGAUUCUGGUUAUGGUGGAGCCGCGGACUCGGUCAGGUCGUCCAGCGUGUCGCUGUGCUGCUCCGACACGCAUCAGUCCUUCCCGCAUGGGGGCAACUGCUGGCAUCUGACGGAAUCCAUGCACAGCAGACACAACAGUUUGGACACGGUCAACACCGUCCUGGCGGAGGACACGGAGAUUUUGGAGUGCUCGGGUCAGUGCGCCAAGCUGCCCGAGCUGGAGGACGUGCCAUGGAGCCUCGGCGAGGUGGAAGACGCACUGAGGAAAGACAAGGAACUGAUGGUGGGAGACCCACCGCCGGAGAUUCUGGCGCGGCUGUCGGCUCUUAUCAGCCGCGCUCUGGUGAGGGUGGCCCGGGAGGCGCAGCGGCUCAGUAUGCGCUACGCAAAGUGCACCAAGCACGAAAUCCAAAGCGCCAUCAAGGUGGUGUUCUCGUGGACCAUCUCCGUGAACUGCAUCACGGCGGCUCUGAGCGCCCUGUCCCUCUACAACAUGAGCAGCGGGGACAAGUUCAGCCGAGGCAAGUCGGUGCGCUGCGGGCUGGUCUUCUCCGUGGGGAAGUUCUUCAGAUGGAUGGUGGACAGCCGGGUGGCCCUGAGGAUCCACGAGCACGCCGCCAUAUACCUGACCGCCUGCAUGGAGAGUCUAUUCAGGGAGGUUUUCAGCCGCAUCCUGCGCAGCGCGCUGGUGGAGAGGGACAACGGGAUCCCCAAGUUUACGCUGGAUGCAAUGGAGCAAGCCAUCAACAGCGACUCGGAGAUCUGGGGUCUGCUGCAACCCUACCAGCACCUCAUAUGUGGGAAGAAUUCAAGCGGUGUGCUAAGUCUGCCGGACAGUUUGAACCUCCAUCGGGAUCAGCAGCGCUCCGGGAGGGGCAGUGAGGGCCACGGAUACACCCAAACUGAGCUCCGCACCCUGGAACAGUCAUUGCUCGCAACCCGGGUGGGAAGCAUUGCAGAGCUGAGUGAUUUGGUGUCCCGGGCCAUGUUUCACCUCCAGCCUCUGCACAUUAAGAACCCCAGCAACGGGACUCCAGUCCACCAGCACACCAACACCACAGUGACCUGGGAGCCAGAAGCCCUCUACACAUUAUGUUACUUCAUGCACUGCCCACAGAUGGAAUGGGAGAAUCCCAACGUUGAGCCCUCCAAAGUUACCUUACAAACCGAGAGGCCGUUCUUUGUGCUGCCUCCACUGAUGGAGUGGAUCCGGGUGGUGGUGGCCCACGCUGAACAUCGGCGAAGCUUCUGUGUGGACAGCGAUGAUGUGAGGCAAGCGGCCAGGCUGCUGCUACCUGGGGUGGACUGUGAACCACGGCAAAUGAAGAUGGAGGAGUGCUUCUCUACUACCAAGAAGCUUGAUGCAGCCUCUGCAGAAGCCAAGUUUCUGCAGGACCUGGGAUUCAGGAUGCUGAACUGUGGGCGGACGGACCUGGUCAAGCAGGCUAUGAACCUGCUGGGGCCCGAUGGCAUCAACAGCAUGAGCGAACAGGGAAUGACCCCUCUCAUGUACGCCUGUGUCCGUGGAGAUGAGGCCAUGGUCCAGAUGCUGCUUGAUGCAGGAGCCGACGUCAACAGUGAGGUGCCAAGCACAGUAAACAAGCACCCGUCAGUUUAUCCUGAAACGCGCCAGGGGACGCCACUCACUUUCGCCGUGUUAUACGGACACAUUCCUGUUGUGCAGCUGCUGCUGGAUAACAGAGCUAAUGUGGAAGGUGCCCUACAGGGCGGCGGGGACAACUACACCGAGACGCCGCUCCAGCUUGCUGCUGCCGCCGGUAAUUUUGAGCUGGUGAGCUUGCUUCUGGAACGAGGUGCUGACCCGAUGAUUGGGACCACGUGUCGUAACGGCAUCUCCUCUGCCCUGCUGGGAGACAUGAACUCAUACAGCCUGGCAGCAGCUCAUGGACACAGGAAUGUAUUUCGGAAGCUUCUGUCCCACUCAGAGAAGGAAAAGGGGGAUGUGCUGUCCCUGGGGGAGAUCCUAGCCGAGGGUUCUGAUCCAGGGGAGAAGAGGCUGGCUCCCCAGGCCAACUGUGGAGGGACGCUGCGAACAGGAAAGGCCAGACUGGGGGCCCUGAGAGAGGCCAUGUACCAUAGUGCAGAGCAUGGCCAUGUGGACAUCACCAUAGACAUCCGCAGCUUAGGUGUUCCCUGGACGCUGCACACCUGGCUGGAGUGCCUGCGCUCCUGCUUCAUCCAGAACCGCCGGCCGCUGAUCCAGGGCCUCCUCAAAGACUUCAGCUGCAUCCAGGAAGAGGAGUACACAGAGGAGCUGAUCACGCAUGGCCUGCCGCUCAUGUUCCAGAUCCUCCGGUCCAGCAAGAAUGAGGUGAUAAGCCAGCAGCUGUCAGUCAUUUUCACGCAGUGCUAUGGACCUUUUCCCAUCCCCAAACUGACGGAAAUUAAGAAGAAACAGACCUCACGCCUGGACCCCCACUUCCUGAAUAACAAGGAGAUGUCUGAUGUCACUUUCCUGGUGGAAGGGAAACCCUUUUAUGCACAUAAAGUUCUGCUGUUUACAGCUUCACCCAGGUUCAAGACCCUGCUUCAAAACCGACCAGCAGCAGAAAACACCUGCAUUGAGAUCAGUCAUGUCAAGUACAACAUUUUCCACCUGGUCAUGCAGUAUCUGUACUGUGGAGGCACUGAGUCCUUACACAUACGCAACACUGAAGUCAUGGAGCUCCUUUCUGCAGCCAAGUUCUUCCAGCUAGAGGCCCUUCAGAGACACUGUGAGAUCAUUUGCUCCAAGAACAUCACCACUGAAACCUGUGUGGACCUUUACAAACAUACUAAGUUCCUGGGUGCUUUAGAGCUUACAGCUUUUAUUGAGGGCUACUUCCUGAAGAACAUGGUGUUGCUGAUUGAACUCGACACCUUCAAGCAGCUUCUGUAUGAACCUCCUGCUCCAGAGAGUCCUGCAUCCAGCCCUGGCAACUCCUUCGAUAUCCUUAAUGAUCUGGAGAAAACUCUGGCCACUCGCAUCCACUCCAUCCACCUCUCCACUUCUAAAGGCUCCGUGGUGUAACGCCAACCCUCUCGGAGCCUUUAACCCAGAUUCAUUAUCUACAGUAGCUAGCAAAAGUAUUUCACUCCACUCUUGGCAUUCUCCUGUCUUUUUGCUUACAACCCAAAAAUAAAAUGGAUUUUUUUUUUUUUAAUUUACACAAAACGUCAAAAUUGAGGUAAAAUAAACAAUUUUUUAAAAAU